UCGGCAGAGCCCAACGCGCAGUCGCUUCUGCGCAUAAUUCUUCUGGCAUUCACAGAAAUUGAGCGCUUGCAAGAACAGAGAUUUUGCAGGAGGGUGCGGGAGGAGAGAGUCACAGAUCGAGCGUGAGCGUGUACGGGAGAGAACGAUAAGAUCAGAAAAGGGAGCGAAAACGGGACAGCUCGCUCUCCAGUUAGCUAUUUAGCUAACCUGGCAAUGCUAUAGAGAAAGGGUGUUUAAGAAAAACACUGAGAUAACGCCACAGCAACUAAAAGAAAAGUGUCUUCAACCUGAUCAGCUAAACAUCGGCAAAUAUCAACGCAGGAUGGCCUCGGAAGAGCUCUACGAGGUUGAGAAAAUCGUGGACAAACGGAAAAAUAAGAAGGGGAAAAUGGAGUACCUGGUUCGCUGGAGGGGCUAUGGCUUUGAAGGUGACACCUGGGAGCCAGAGACACACUUGUCCAACUGCAUGGAGUUCAUCCAUGACUUCAACCGCCUUCACAGUGAGCGCCAGCGGGAUGGGGCUUUCCUCCGCUCGACGCGUAGCUCCCCUAGCCCAGGGCUGGGCCCGACCAACGCCAACACCACCAUCAGCAUGAACACAAACACCAACAAUGCCCGCAAACAGAUCUCUAGGCCCCAGCAGCACAACAGUAACAGCAGCCACCCAGUGGUAAAAGCUGCCAAUCCCACUACUGCCACCACUACCACCACCACCAUAAAACAUCAACAGCAACACGAGCUCCUCCUCUGCGCCAGUGACACACAGCAGUUUCUCUCCAGCCAAAAGCACCGGCGCACAAGUAGUCCCUCUGGAGACGGCUCUGGUGUGGCAGCCGCCCACACACUGGGCCUCGGGCGCCGGAGCAUGGACCUGUCCAAGUCCGGCAUCAAAAUCCUGGUGCCCAAGAGCCCUGUGAAGAGCCGGACAGACUCUGAGCCCUCCCCCAGUGAAGCAGCCCAGAGCCUGGAGCAGACGGGGCAGGAGCUGGACUCUGUGCCCCCAGAGGUAGCACUGCUGGAAAAGCCCCCAGGGGCUCUGCUGGGACCAGGGGACGAGAGGGCGCGUAUGGGGACACGGCCCAGGACUCAGACCAUCCUACCUCCCCCACCAGUCCCCAUCACGCCUGCUGCUGUACGCACACUCAAUGGGAAAGGUACGUCCUCUUUCAUGGCAGCCCUGGCGGCUAACAGGACAGCCAGCUUGCAGAGCAUGGUGACGGGUGUGGUGGGGAAGCGGCGCUUCGAGGAGCGUUCAGCCUUUGACAAGCGGCUGCGCUUCAGUGUGAGGCAGACAGAGAGUGCCUACCGCUACCGUGACAUCGUGGUGAAGAAGCAGGACGGCUUCACGCACAUCCUGCUCUCCACCAAGUCUUCUGACAACAACUCCCUCAACCCUGACGUGAUGAAGGAGAUGCAGAGCGCCAUGACUACCGCGGCGGCAGACGACAGUAAGCUGGUCCUGCUGAGCGCAGUGGGCAGUGCCUUCUGCUUCGGCCUGGACUUCAUCUACUUCAUCCGUAGGCUGACCGAUGACCGCAAGAAGGAGAGCGCCAAGAUGGCCGAAUCCAUCAGGACAUUUGUAAACACCUUCAUCCAGUUCAAGAAACCCAUCAUUGUGGCAGUGAAUGGGCCCGCAGUGGGUCUGGGCGCAUCCAUCUUGCCCCUGUGUGAUGUUGUCUGGGCCAACGAGAAAGCCUGGUUCCAGACACCCUAUGCUACUUAUGGCCAGACACCGGAUGCCUGCUCCUCCUUCACCUUUCCAAGAAUCAUGGGUGUGGCUUCUGCUAAUGAGAUGCUGCUGAGCGGGCGCAAGCUGACCGCCCAGGAGGCCUGCGCCAAGGGCCUGGUGUCACAGGUGUUCUGGCCAGGGACCUUCACUCAGGAGGUGAUGGUGCGCAUUAGGGAGCUUGUCUCUUGUAAUUCAGUUGUUCUGCGGGAGUCCAAGGCCUUGGUGUGCAACACCAGCAGAGCAGCACUAGAGCAAACAAAUGAGCGGGAGUGUGAGGCACUGAAGAGAGUGUGGGGGUCACCACAGGGCAUGGACUCCAUCCUCAAGUACCUGCAGAAGAAGAUUGACGAGUUUUAACUGCCAAAUGGUGCCUGACAGACUGAACCUCCACUCUGUGGGCUAGAGGGUGGGAGCUGCAACACACACGCAAGCAGACACAUACUCACUCACUCACUCACUCACUCGCUCACUCACACACACACACUCACACAUACAUUCACACAGCUCACAAAGCUCCUGGGUCAGCUGGCCCUGGUGUAAGUGUAUGUGCAGCUGUCAGUGUUAGAGAAAAAGCAAGUGAGUGAUUCUCUCUUUCCCAACAUCCCUUGCUUCUGAAUAGUGCCCCCCAGCAUCCCUUUCCCAUGGAGUCCCCACAUGUACUUUCUGUGACCUCUGAACGCCAACACGAGCAGGAGCCAUGUAUGUGGGAGGAGGAAGGGGAGUGGAAACAAAGAGUCUUAUCCAAUAGCCUGUCUUUUCAAGCAGGUAGGAGUGGCUUUUAUUGUGGUAUCAGGAUGAACAAGCCCUAUUUAUAACAAAUUCACCGGGAAAAUAUUAAUAGUGUGCAAAUAACACAUGGAUAUGAAACCUUGCUGUCCAGCGGUGAGGAGACCCUUAAUCACAAUAAGACUUCUGUGAUAAUGUCAUUGAAAACUUAAGAGCUGAACUCCACCCCUCAUUAUGAUCAACUUCUUUAAGAUGAUUUAAAGUUGUCAAUCCACCUUUUAUCUCAGACACCUUCCAUGUACACAACUACAGAACACUCCUGGGCAGUAUUAGAGACCCUACUGAGCUGAUGGAGCUUAACUUACUCCUAGGAUUAGCUUUUAAAUGGUUUGUUUUGUUUGUUUUCUGCUGAUAUGAUAGCUAUGUUAUUGCGUAGAAUUGC